CGUUUCGGGGGUGAGGAGAGAUCCGGGGGUCCCUCCCGUGACCCCCCCGGGGCUUUCGGGACUCGGCGGCAGUUUUUCGGGGACGGCUUCGGGGGGCUCCGGGGGUCCGAAGGCGAAGGGCGGCGCUUGCCGGGGGGUGUAGGGAGGCGUCCAGGUUUCGGUUGCUGCUCCCCCCGGCACGUCGGGGGCCAAACGGGUGCCCACGGCCAAACCCACGCCGAUGCUGGCCCCCAAGGCCAGCCCCACGGCGGGACCCACGGCGUUGGUUCUGAUGGCACCCAGCCCGACGCCGGAUCCGGCACCGGCCGCCAUGUUCGCUCCGACGCCGGUGCUGAUGGUGGGUGGAAGGGCGGAGUCAGCGUUGGCCCCGAGGCCGAGUCUGACACCAGUGCUGACGUCGGUUCCGAGUCCAACGUUGGCUCCGAUGGCGAAGCCGAGGGCAGAUCCGAUGCCGGCAGCACCGCCGGCUCCAAGUCCGGCACCGACGGCGAGCCCAACGCCGGUGCUGAUGUCCGGUCCUGGCGCAGAGUUGUUGGCUCCAACGUUGGCUCCAAGACCCAAUCCGACACCGGGUCCGAGAGCGGAGCCGACACCGGUGCUGAGGUUGGCUCCAACGGCGGCUCCGGCGCCGGCACCGACAGCCGAUGGGAUGGGAGCGCCGCUGUUGGCUGCAGCGCCGAGUCCAAUGGCAACAUCGACCUCAGAGCCAAGCGUAGAACCAACGUUGGCAGCAACACCGGCUCCCAUGGCAAGUCCAGCACCGGAUCCAAGCGUAGAACCAACGUUGGCACCAACGCCGGCUCCAACAGCGAGUCCAACACCAGAUCCAAGAGAAGAGCCAACACUGGCGCUGACGCCGGCUCCCACGGCAAGUCCAGCAACGGAUCCAAGAGUAGAGCCAACGUUGGCACCAACACCGGCUCCCAUGGCAAGUCCAACACCAGAUCCAAGAGUAGAACCAGCACUGGCACCAACGCCGGCUCCUAUGGCAAGUCCAGAUCCAAGAGUAGAACCAACGUUGGCACUGACACCGGCUCCAAUGCCAAGUCCAGAUCCAUGUGCAGAGCCAACGCUGGCACCGACGCCGGCUCCAACAGCAAGGCCAACCCCGGAUCCAAGAGUAGAGCCAACACUGGCGUUGACACCGGCUCCAACAGCAAGGCCGACACCAGGUCCGACACCAGAUCCGAGAGCAGAGCUGACAUUGGACUCGAGAGCAGCUCCAAGGCCAAGUCCGACCGUAGAUCCAAGAGUGGAGGCGGCGUUGGUUCCGAUGUUGGCUCCAAGGCCGAGUCCGACGCCGGCACCGACGCCGGUUCCAACGCUGGCACCCACAGUGAGUCCAACGCCGGCGCUGAGGUCGGUUGGAAGGGCGGAACCGACGGCUCCGAUGCCGAGCCCAACGCUGGCUCUGAUGCCGCCGCCGAGCCCAGAUCCGAUGUUGGCACCGAUGUCGAGAGCCACGCCGGCUCCAAGUCCGUGGGCAGCGUCUGCCCCGGCGUCGGUUUGGAGGCCAGCUGCCAUGCCAUCUGCAGCGCCGGGCCCGAGGGCGCCUGCGAUAUCGGCCCCAAGAGAGGAGCCAACACCGGGGCUGCCGCCCGCCGCCACGCCGAGGCCGACGUCGACUCUGAUGCCGGCGCUGAUGUCAGCACCAAGGCCGUGUCCAACACCGUCUCCAAGACCACGGCCAACGUCCAUCCCAACGCCGGGCUCGGCGGCGGCCCCAAGGCCAAUCCCGAGGCCGUGUCCCACGCCGGAUCCAAGAGAAGGGUCGACGUUGGCCGCGGCGCCGGCCCCCAGGCCGUGUUCCAUGGCGGCUCCGAGCCCAGAUCCCACGUUUGUUCUGAGUCCGUGUCCGACACCGGCGCCAACACCGGGUCCAACGUCGGCUGCGGCGUUGGCUCCGUGUCCGACGUCAGCUCCGACUCCGUGCCCAACGCUGACCCCGAGGCCAAGGCCAACUCUGGCUCCACCACCGGCUCCAAGCUCGGCUCCCAGCAUGAGAUCAACUCCAGAUCCGACACCGGGGCCAACAUCCAGACCGGCGCCGACGCCGAGAUCCCCGCCGGCUCCGAUGUCUGCUCCAGGGAAAUCAAAGCUGGGAGCAAAGGAAUCCGGGGGUCCUGGGGGGGCUUCAGCUGCCAGUUGCUGCCGCAGACACCAGGCUUCGGCCUCGCUGUGGGAGAAAACGAGGCAUUAGUGGUGCAGGCCAAUAAUGGGGUCUGCCGUGGGGGCACCUUUGGGUGCUGCACUGACCUGAUGAUGAAGUUGUGGGCGAGUAGGGCCGGGCCCUCGGGGCGCAGGCGGGUGUAG